GUCGCUGGGAGGAGAGGCGGUAAAGAUGUAAACACUGACCCAUCCUGAGAGAGGUCGCUUCUAGGUAGCUUGCUAGACUGUAUUGUGUUGCUGUUUUAUCAGAAGUAACACUGCAGAGCUGCUCAACCUUUGCUUCUCAUACGUCUUCUAACAAUAGCACUUAACUUUAGCGGUAGUUUGGUGUUUAACGCCAACCGGAGCGACCGCAGCUAACCCGUUAGCUACCUAGCUAGCACCACAGCUUAGCAGCUAUCGUUAGCAGAAACAGGACCUGUCCGUAGAUACUACCUACUGUGUCCUGAUGAGACUUGAUGGAGGACUACGACAAGUUUGUGCAGCGUUGUCUCUCCCGUCUGAGGAGCAGUGAGGAGGAGGAGGAGGAGGAGGAGGAGGGACACAACAAACCUUCACCCUCUCUCAUUCGCUUCUAUGGACUCCCCAUCCUUCCUCCCCUGCUUUCAGGAGAGCAGAGAGAGGAGAUGCAGCGACACAGAGAUGCAGCGCAGGAAGCUGCUGUCCACACAAAGCUGCAGGAUGAUGCAAGAAUGGCCUACGUGCAAACUAUCCUACACAGUGUUCAGCUGAGGAACACGCCGACACUGGAGGAGUUGCUUCAAGAGUCAGAGGUUAACUCAAAGUCUUCAUAUUCCCAUAACACCAGCGGUGGAUCGGUGUCACAGAGCAGUUAUUUCAUGGUGACAAAGGAUAGUCUUUCGCUCUCGCCUCCACCUGAAAGGAAAGAAAAAGAUAGCGUUUCUCUUUCUCCUUUCACAUCAACUACAUAUUGUGCCUUUUUUGCCUCUAAUGUGACACCUCUGCAAAGUUACCAGGAAGGAUGCCUUAUUGACCAACAUUACAGCCAACAGGGAUCCCAGCCAAAUCCCCUUAAUAGUGCGUGCCACCAAUCAGAAUCCUCAGGAUACGCGACCUUCGAGAACGCUGAAAACACCACCAGUGUCUCUGGAAGGAUCGAUGCAGGGAGAGAGAGCCACGGCUUUGGCUCCUCAAAGGGAGCUUAUAAUAUGGCUGGCUUUUUCCUUUACAACACCUCAAACACAAUCACCAAGAUGCCAGAUAUUAUUAGCCAUCCCCCUAUAGAUGGAGAUGAAUUGGAAAGGAGUGGAUUGGAAUCAUCCUUUUGUAGUGACUUUAUUGUGGUAAAAGACACAAGUUUCUCCUCGUGCCAGGAGGAAUCAGUCAUGUGUGACCAUUUACCAGUAGAGAGAUCCAAAAGCAAUCAGGAGGACAGCACAGAGGGUGAAGAUAACCUUCCUGUUACUACAGUACUUGACUUUGAUGAAGAUCACAAUUUGGACCAAAUUGAGGGCCCAGUCCCUUCAUCAGAAAACAUUCAUUCAGACAAUCCAGAGUUAUCACAGACAUUGAGCAGUCACUGUCCCACAGCAGAACUGCAUAUUCAACACAACCCCACAGAAACAGAACCUCUAAGUAACCAUGUAGAUGAAGCAGAGCCAUCUGAGGAGCCUUAUCGUCUGAGCCUGCAGGCUUUGCUAAAGAAAUCUCAGGAGUACCGGCGGCGCCAGCGGAUGCUUAGGAACCAAGCCAAAAACACUAAAAUCCAGGAAAGGACCCAAGAACAGCCAAGAGCAAGGACAGAGGAGCAGAACCUCUCUGAUAAGGAGAAUGACGAGUUCCCUUACAAGGGCACCGUGACUGCAGAGGGGAAGAAAACUAAAGAGAAGAAAGGCACUUUUAUACGGUCAGUGGAAACUCCACCAAAGAAAUUUGUGGAAAAUGAGAGUAUGAUUGAGUGUGACUUUUUUGGGAAAAGGGCAAACUCUACAUCUGAAAGCACACAUUUAACAGGAGAUGGAAAAACAAAGGAAAUGACUAGUGUUGAGGAAGAAACAACCAAAAAUAAUAAGCUGAACCUUUCCCAAGAGAUCAGAACAGAGCCGAAACAAAUCAGCGCAUUCCCCCAGCAACAGCCCAUGUCGUCAGAAGCCUCCCCUGUUCAGGAAGCCUUCUACCUGACCACCUCUCCCACCGCUUUUCAUAAAGAAGUAUGGAAAUAUCACACUAUCCCAACCCCUAAUUUCUGUAGGAGUCCUGUUCACUGCAAAAGCAAAGGCAGUAUCCAAGAUGGAGAAGCUGUUGAUGUGGCUGAAACCUCAAAGAGGAACAUUUUAGUCAAUACUGGUUUGAAUGAAGACCACAAGGUUGAAGAAGUUAACCUGGGACAUCACAGCAGUCCCACAGCCGUUCCUUCCACGGUGAACCUCACUGCUGAAGCUGAUGUAACAGGCGUUCUCACCAAGAGUUCCCAGCACAUAGAUCAGCUUGAGUCCAACCUGUCCGGUCUGAAAGUACUGAUCUCGGAUCUGGAGUCCACGCUGACAGAAAACUUGGGGAAUCACAGCCAAACUGAGAGCAACACGCAAAGUGAGUUCAGUUUUGAGGGCUUCAAGCACUCUGAGCAAAUUAAAAAUGAACAUGUGCAGCUUCAUCAAAGUGAUUGUGACAAUUGGGAGGAAAAACUGAGGGAUGAUGACAAUAGCAACGAUGCGGAGGAAGACCAAAGGUACAGAGAGUGGCCGAGAAGACAAUCAUUGGACAAUUACAAGAACCUGCAUGAAGAUACAGAACCUGAACCAAGCAUCAGUGACAUGAACAAUGUUCCUGUCAUAGUGGAGGUAAAAGGAACCGAGCUGGGACACUUAAGCGAGCUCAGUCUUGUCAAACCCAUUGCUACAGAGAGAGGAAAGGAAAAAGGGACAUGCAAACAAGGCCUUACAAAGAGUUAUGGACAGCAUGGCGGCAGUAGACAGCAGCAGCCCCCACCUAAAUGCAUCCUCUCUGCAGCACAGCGGCUGCGAAUUCCAGACAUAUUCAGAAAUGGUCCAUCUGAAAGCACGGCUCCACGUAAUGUCUCGGUGCUUUCAGAUGCCAGUAACCAUCCAGUGGAAGGGAGGAACGAGAUGGCCGUAGAGGAUCACGACUCUACCCACCUGCCCUCUCUCAACCAGUCGUAUGAUGUGGACGCGCCGUCUGGCCUGUGGCUCCUCGAUGGGUCAGGCUCCGACUUGGGGUCGAAGGGUCAUCUUGUUCAGGAAAAACAUCUGACCCCGGAGAGCGGAGGUGAAGGUCAGGCCGGGGGAUCCAAGGUCAAACGGAGACUGCUCAUGCAAAUGACGGAGGAGACACGGGAAAGGAGUGCAGAUACCAGUAGAGGGACAGACUCUGUGGUCAGACCCAACUCCAGCACUCCUAAAGCUGCAGGACGACGGCAGGAAGCCCAUGGCAGUCAAAAAGACAAGCAGGAACAACUGAAACAGGCCCACGCUGCCCAGGUUAGAGCCCUGCAAGAUGAGCACAGGAGACAACAGGAAGACCUACUGCAGGCGUUGGCCGUGCGUUACCGUCUCCUCCAGAGCGUGUCCUUCCCUUGCUCCAUGUCAAGCUCACGUCUUGGGGACACGUUGACCUUUUCUACCCUCUCUCAGCCCUCCAGCCCGCUCUCAGAGCGCUACCGCCCCCUGCUGUUGGCAGCCGUGAAAGGUUUUCUGACUCGCAGGUUGCUGCGGACCGAGAGAGUGGCGCAGCUGGUGCGCACCAUCAGGGACACACAGCAGUUCCUGCAGGCCCUCCAGCGACAGAGCCCUGGCAGAGCAGAGUUCUGUAGCAGACAAGACAUUUUGUUGCAGGAGAGAGUCACUCUGCAGCUGCGUGCUGCACGUUACGAGGUCAGCGACAUAUUCUUCAGCCUGUCAGCCGGAGAGAGGAUGCAGCUGAUCAGCUGGGACAGAGAGCUGGCCCGGGAGAGAGAGCACAGACGACAGAGUGGGCACACAGGCCGUCCCAGAGGGAAGAGUUCUCUGUCAGCUGCAACGCAAAAGUCACUGGAGAGGAAGAGAGGAAUAAUGAUCCAGAAAAAGGCAGCAGGAAGGCACAGGGGAGUUGUGACGAAGACUGGACACAACAGUGGAUCCUCUGGCGAGCAGCCGCCAGAAACCAAACGAGGACAGUUCAGAGCAAAUCCUCAGAGGGUCCCCAAGAGCACUUACUCCUCGAGACCCCGAUGACACUCUCCUAAUUGGCCCCAGUGAGGACUCCUAAUAAGGCCUCUAGCGACUACAUUAAUAUUGUAUAUCUAAUCAUUUGAGAGAUUCCAAAUCCAAAUUUGACACUUCUGAAUACAUCACUAUAAAUACAUCACUGUAUUUCACAUCAGUGUGUGCUGUGAAAUGUUUUACACUCUACAACCAGAGGGUAAUAUAGUGACAGUUCCACUCUUAGACAUUACAGAGUAGUUUACAUUGAAUAGAUGGGAAUGAGACAUCACUACGGCCACUCUCUCAGUAAAAUAAAUUCUUUACUAUGUCUGCUUUCAGUUCAACCAUGUUGAGUUGAGAAAAACAAACACUGACACUCUUUAGCUGAUCCUUUAAAGCUAUGUGCACUGUAUCUGAAAGGUGACUCACAGCAGACACUGUGACAGGAAAACCUAAGGUGUGAACUAAUAAUACUAAUGAUGGCUCGAUUACAUUUACGUAUUUCAGUAAGCGAGUGGUCCCCAACCUGGGGGUCACAAGGUAGAUGCCAGAUGAUUAGCACAGGAAGAACAGCAUAUUCAACACAAUUGAAUCACUAGAUGAUUUUACCUCCUCCUGCCUCUAAAAAUAACUCAAAUAAGUCAAUAUUUGAAGCAUUGAUGACUCUUUUCAGUCAGUUGCAAAUGGACUUUGUCGUUGUUUUAAGGGGGAACAAGUUGAAAAGUAAGAAUGGAACUAAAAUACCAACAGGAAUGCAGCCAUGAUUAAAUUUAUUAAUUACACCUGUGCUUAUGCUACUAUGGUAUGUCAAAAUGUCUGUAGAAAAGGGUUUUUUAUUGUCCUCUGCUUUGUACUUGGACUUCAAUUUGUAUGUUCCUUCAAAUGUAUGUGCCUAUUUCAUUUGUACCAAAAAAGAUGUAAUAGCAUAUAGUGAACACUGUUAGUAUUAGUGCUGUAGGACAGUGUGCUUGCUUAUACAGUGUUCAUAUCCAGCUCCAGAUUUGAGUGUUACUGCUAUUAACUUGAAUAGUGUUACUCCUAAGCGUUGCCUUAAAUAUUUUUCCUUGAGUAUUGGGAUCACAUGUCAACCAAAACACAGAUAAACCUUUACAGCUUUUUUUUAUUAGUGACUUUCUACCUGUUUUAUAUGCUAUUUAUUUGUAUUUGGUUGAUAAUAAAUGUUUUUUUUAACAC